AUGAACGCCCUCGCUCCCAACAGUCCCUCCAUGGUCAACCCUGAGGCCGAGUCGUUCGUUCCUGCCUCGCAGACCACUGGCAUUCCGGGCCGUGGCUUGGCUACUAUCGAGGAGUUCAUGGAAUCUCACCGCGCUUGGAUGGCCAAGGGCGGUUUCAACGGCAUGAAGCACGAUGACCCGGUGACUGAGACUGUUGAGGCCCCCGCUCCUGUUAAGGCCCGUGAACUGCCUGCCCGUGUCCUGCUGUUCAAGGAUGUCCCCGACUGGAUGAGCAUCUCUGACGCUUUUGGUUUGAUCUAUGGUGAUGCUGUCGACUGCGUGUUCCGUUCCAACAUGGCGGAGAUCACUGUGCAGUUCUGCGAUGAGGCAACCUGCAAUGCUUACCUGGAGGCUCACGGCACUGGUAUCACUCUCUCCAACCCUGGCAACCCCGACGACAAGGUGGUCAUCAAAGUCGAGAAGGCCCCCCGUGGUGAGGACAUCUCUCCCGCUCUGCAGGUCAAGAUUGCUGCUGGUGGCUCCCGCCUGGUCCGCGUUAACGGAAUGCUCAACGCCGAGAAGAGCCUUGAGCUGACUACCCGGGCCAUGGAGUACGAUGUCGACCACUACGACAUCAGCCCCGAGAAGACCAAGGCUGACUUCGCCUACUUCUUCUUCUGCGGCAUCGUCGACGGAUGGACCUUCAAGCAGAAGCUGGAGGAGAACGAGGGAUGGGCGGGUUACACCGUCGCUUUCGUGGCUGACCCUUGCAAGGUCGCCACUUCGUUCCACGGGAACAACGUUCCCAACCGCUUGCUGCUGCCGCCGCCGCCGUCUGAUCGCAGAUAUUUCCUCAUGCCCGACCAACCCCGAUAA